GGCCGGGCGGAGCUGCGGACAGAGCCGGGAGCUCGCGGAGGGUACGUCCCCGCACUGCCGCCCACCGCUCGCCGGGGACUCUCCCGCCUCGCGAUGCCGCCGUGGGGCGCCGCCCUCGUCCUGUUGGCCGCUCUCGCUCUGCUUGGCCUUCUCGCCCCGUGGCUGCGGCGCCCCGGGAGGCUCGCCGUCGGAGCGAGGACCUUGCCGGGGGCCGGGGGCCAGGGCCACAAAGAGGAGGUGUAUGGCCGAAGCCCCGCAGAUCAGUUAAGCGACGGGCGUGAGCCGCUUCCGGGAGGAUGCAGGCUUAUCUGUAAGCCGUCGGCGCUGGCCCAGUGCCUGUUGCGCGCCUUUCGACGCUCGGCGGCGCUGGAACCCGGCCCGCGGUCCUGGCUCUCCGGACCCCACUUGCAGACCCUCUGUCACUUCGUGCUGCCAGUGGGGCCGGGGCCUGAGCUGGCCCGGGAGUACCUGCAGUUGGCGGACGACGGGCUGGUGGCCCUGGACUGGGUCGUGGGACCUUGUGCCCGGAGCCAUCGGUUCACCAACGCCGGGGGCCUCCCGGCAGUGCUGCUGGUGAUCCCCAAUGCGUGGGGACGGCUCACCCGCAACGUCCUCGGCUUCUGCCUGCUGGCCCUGGAGCGCGGCUACUACCCGGUCAUCUUCCACCGUCGAGGCCACCACGACUGCCCGCUGGUCAGCCCCCGGCUGCAGCCUUUCGGGGACCCGUCCGACCUCAAGGAGGCCAUCACUUACAUCCGCUUCCGACACCCCGCGGCUCCGCUGUUCGCGGUGAGCGAAGGCUCAGGCUCGGCGCUGCUGCUGUCUUACCUGGGUGAGUGUGGCUCCUCCAGCUACGUGACCGGCGCCGCCUGCAUCUCGCCGGUGCUACGAUGCCGCGAGUGGUUUGAGGCCGGACUGCCCUGGCCCUACGAGCGGGGCUUUCUGCUCCACCAGAAGAUCGCCCUCAGCAGGUAUGCCACCGCCCUGGAGGACACAGUGGACAUCGGAAAACUGUUCAGGAGCCGUUCCCUGCGAGAGUUUGAGGAGACCCUCUUCUGCCACACCAAGAGCUUCCCCAUCAGCUGGGACACCUAUUGGGACCACAACGACCCCCUCCGGGAUGUGGACGAGGCAGCUGUACCUGUGCUGUGUAUCUGUAGUGCUGAUGAUCCCGUGUGCGGGCCCCCAAACCACUUUCUGCCAACUGAACUCUUUCACAGCAACCCCUAUUUCUUCCUCCUGCUCAGCCGCCAUGGAGGCCACUGUGGCUUCCUGCGCCAAGAGCCCUUGCCAGCCUGGAGCCACGAGGUCAUCUUGGAGUACUUCCGGGCCUUGACUGAGUUCUUCCGAAUGGAAGAGAAGAUGAAAGGGCUGAGCAGGCGUCGAGCUUCUUGCCUAGGGGGCCGGCGCCGCUGGGGAACCCUGCCAAAGUGGGAGGUCUCUCCCUCUUCCUAUCUGGAGGAGAUCUUUAGCUGGAAGAGAUCAUAUACAAGGUGAGACAUAACCCGAGAACUAUCCCCAAGCCCUGCAAGGAAGAACAGAGCUGGUCAUGGCUAAAUCCUGAGAAGGUGGUGAGGACUGAACGUGGCAGGCAGCUCCAGCUGACUCAGCUCCUUCACUCUUAAACUGGUCUGUGGAAAGAGAUGGAACUUCCAGCAAGCUGGUGUUCACUUUCCCCUGAGCAGAACUCCUGCCUGGGCCCUGUCCUAUACAUUUCAGCUCAUCGUGGUUCAGCAACUGCCCGUUUCCGGUCACUGUUUCCUGUCACCAGCCUCAUAAGUCAAAGAAUAGCACCAUUUAAGUCCCUGGACUCAGGAGAAGAUGCUCACUCACUAGCAAAGACUACAGAGAAGAUGAAGAUGAGUUUUUGUGAGCCAUUGGGCAGGUCUGUCCCACAUAAGUAAUCAGCUCUAUGACCCUGGUUCUCAAGCUGGAGCCACUUGAUGUAGUGGGGACAGGAUGUUUGUGUCUUGGUCCCACUUCCCUCUUUUUCUUCCUGCUGUUGUGGUGCUCUGCUGACUUCAUGUGGCGGCAACUAUGGAAGCAGCUCACAGAGCUGUGUGGCUGCAUCAGUCUUGCUUGACUAUGAGAAAGGCCCAGAGACAGUAAGUGCUGUGCUGAGACUGGGUUGGUGAGGGUGACAAGGUUGAGAGUGUGAAUGCCUGUGUCUGGAAUACUAAGGUCCAGUGUUUUGGACAAGUUCUGCAAGUCCUCAUUGGGAGUGGGGCUGAUCUGGGGCUUUAGCCUAGAACCUCAAGACUCACUGGAGAGAUUCCAAGGAUGACUUAUUAAUAGGAAGUCCUUGCAAGCAGAGUCUGCUUGACUAUGGCUCAAGGAGCCAGACUCUCAGACACUCUAGCUGCUCCCUCCAGGAACAUUUUAGGGAAUUACUCCAAAGAAUUCUAGUAAGAGUUGUUUUUUCCCUGGGAUGUGGGCUUUCUCUAAGUGGUAAAAAUAUAAACCUCAUAUCUUAAGUGUUUUUUGGUUCAUUGCCCUCGUUUCUGACACUACUUUAGCUUUUCCCUCUCCAGAGCCUGGAGGGACAUCUGGGACCAGAGAAAAACAAACAAAAUUUCCAGGAGAUUGGCUAGAGCUGCCUCAAUGAUUUACUGAUAUUUCACAAUACCAUGCUUUUUCUGCUCAAUUAUUCAAAAGGACAUCCAUGUAGAUACAGAAAAAGCUUCCUCCUGGAUCUGGCCACUCAGUGACUUGGCUCUUUGGUUUUAUGAGGACUAAUGCUGAAGGUCAGAAUAAAAUAAGGCAUUGUACAGACAGAUCCACAAAACAUGGAUUUGGAUUAGGCCAUUAAACAAUACAAUAGGACAUCCAGUUACCAAAAAAAAAAAAAAGCUUUGCCAGCAGC